CCCAUGGCAGGGCUGGAGUUGUCUGUCACAGACUUUCAGAGCUCCUGGAACAACAUGUGGCACCACACAGAGGAGAUCAGCUCUGACCGCCUCCUUGUUCGCCGGGGCCAGGCUUUCAAUAUCACUCUGUACUUCAAGAACCGGGGCUUCCAGCCUGGCCUGGACAACAUCAUCUUUGUGGUUGAGACUGGACUGCUGCCAGACCUGGCUAAGGGGACCCGGGCUGUGUUCAGCCUGGCAGAUCGUGGUGGUCCCAGCCUUUGGAUGGCCUCGCUGGAAACCAACAAGGCCACCUCCCUGGAGGUGAGCUUGUGUGCUCCUCCCAUGGCGGCCGUGGGUCAGUACCUCUUGAAGGUUCACAUUGACUCGUUCCAGGGGUCUGUCACAGCCUACCAGCUUGGGGAAUUCAUUCUGCUCUUCAAUCCCUGGUGCCCAGAGGACACUGUCUACUUGGACAGUGAGCCCCAGAGGCAGGAGUAUGUCAUGAAUGAUUAUGGCUUCAUCUACCAAGGGAACAAGAACUGGAUCCGCCCUUGCCCCUGGAACUAUGGACAGUUUGAAGAGAAUAUCAUAGACAUCUGCCUGGAGCUGCUAGACAAGAGCCUGAACUUCCAGACUGACCCAGCCACGGACUGUGCCCUACGGGGAAGCCCUGUCUACAUCAGCAGAGUGGUGUCUGCCAUGAUCAACAGCAAUGAUGACAAUGGGGUGCUCAAUGGAAAAUGGUGUGAGGAGUACUCAGACGGCAUCAACCCUGCAGAGUGGACUGGCAGUGUGGCCAUCCUGCGGCAGUGGCAUGCCACAGGCUGCCAGCCAGUGCGCUACGGGCAGUGCUGGGUCUUUGCAGCCAUUAUGUGCACAGUGAUGAGGUGCCUGGGGAUCCCCACCCGCGUGAUCACCAACUUUGACUCUGGACAUGACACAGACGGAAACCUAAUCAUAGAUGCGUAUUAUGACAACACGGGCAGGAUUUUGGAGAAUAAGAAGGAUACUGUCUGGAAUUUCCACGUCUGGAACGAGUGUUGGAUGGUCCGAAAGGACCUCCCUCCCGGGUAUGGAGGCUGGCAGGUACUGGAUGCCACGCCUCAGGAGACGAGCAAUGGCCUCUACUGCUGUGGCCCUGCCUCCGUCAGAGCCAUCAAAGAGGGAGAGGUGGAUCUGAACUACGACACGGCCUUUGUCUUUUCCAUGGUGAAUGCUGACUGUGUGUCCUGGCUUGUCCAUGGAGGGAAGGAGCAGAGACUUCACUGGGACACGAAUUCUGUUGGCCAUUUUAUUAGCACCAAGAGCAUCCAGAGUGAUGAUCGGGAUGACAUUACAGAGAACUACAAGUAUGAAGAAGGUUCCCCCCAGGAGAGGCAGGUGUUUCUGAAGGCUCUUCAGAAGCUGAAGAUUGGAAGGUCCCAAGGCCCCUACCGAACAGACUCACCAUCUUCCAGGCACACCCCACCAAGCCAGGACAGUCCUCGGAGCCUGCAUACGCCUUCCCCGCGGCCCAGUGAUGUUAUCCAGGUCUCCCUGAAAUUCCAGCUGCUCGAUCUGCCCAUCAUGGGCCAGGACAUAAAGUUUGUCUUGCUGGCCCUCAACAUGUCGCUCCAGUUCAAGGAUCUCAAAGUAAACUUGAGCGCCCAGUCUCUGCUGCAUGAUGGCAGCCCCCUGCCUCCAUUUUGGCAGGACACAGCCUUCAUCACACUCUCUCCUGAAGAAGCAAAGACCCAUCCCUGCCAAAUCCCCUAUUCCCAGUACAGCCAGUACUUGUCAACAGACAAGCUGAUCCACAUCAGUGCCCUGGGAGAAGAGAAAAGCAGUCCCGAGAAGAUCCUGGUGGACAAGAUCAUCACCUUAACCUAUCCUGCCAUCAUGAUUAAUGUUCUAGGAGCAGCCGUUGUGAACCAGCAGCUCUCCAUACAGGUGAUAUUUUCAAACCCCCUCUCGGAGCAGGUUGAAGACUGUGUGCUCACCGUGGAAGGAAGCGGUCUCUUCAAGAAGCAGCAGAGAGUCAUGAUUGGAGUCUUGAAACCCCAACACAGAGCCAGCAUCACUCUAAAGACUGUCCCCUUCAAGAGUGGCCAAAGGCAGAUCCAAGCAAAUCUGAGGAGCAACAAGUUUAAGGACAUCAAGGGUUACAGGAACGUCUAUGUUGACUUAAUGUUAUAAAUUCUAGGACAAGAAGGUGGAUGCACAGAUUUUAAGCUUCAGGAAAGGCAGCAAAUUCAAAUGCAAGCCGUGUAAUUCCCCACCAUAACAGAGGCUUUGGGGGGCUCUUACAUGAGCAGCACAGGAGAUGCCAGUGACGGCUAGUCCCCUAGACCAUUUGCACAGCUCCCCAAGACUCUGUUCAGGGCCCAGGGAUUCUGUGGUGUCCUAUCCAGAAGUGUGAGAUGGCACAGAGGUCCAAUGACACUGGUUGGAAUUGACCCUGACUUACUGCUUCCCAAGAUUUCAAGAAAAGAAG